AUGGAGGAGCACCGCACCCUGAUGGGUGCGGUGGUGGAGAAGGUUCAAUCUGCUAAUAGAGGACUGAACGAAGCCUUCAACAGCCUACGGAUAGGCUUUGAGGCAUGUGACGCUUCCCUGUUGGCGGCAACCGCCCAGGCCGUAGAAGUUCCUGAACUCAAUCGGAAGCUUCAGGUGGCCGAUGAAGAACUCGACCGUAUUAAUAAGCGUGAAACGCAAGCUGGCUCAACCGAGGUCGAGACCCUCAAAGGCGCCCUUGCCCAGGCCAAGAAAGAGGCGGAGGUGAAUAAGGUAGCCGCUGAUAAAGCAGCUGCUGAACUGGAGGCCGAACAGGUUGCCCGCCACCGACAUGAAGCUCGGGUGGCCGAAGUCGAGCAAGAACUGAAGGAUGCCAUCCGCAAGUGCGAGACUUUGGAGCAGAAGACUUUGGCCCAGUCCUCUGAGCUUUCCAAGGCUCUCCAUGAUGCCAAAGAGGCGUCGCGCGAGUCCCGAAGCGCUCGUGAAGAGCUCGAGCAAGCAAGGCAGAUAGUGGCUGUUCUUCCGAACCCAGGAGGGGAACUCGACGGAGAAGCUGCUUUGGUCGCAAUAUCUCACGCCGGAACACCCGCCACUUCUGAAAGACCAGCUGAAGCAGCUGACGGAGCUUCAUAG